GCUCAAGGAGAUCAAUUGAAGGGCAUCUCAAUCAAUUCGUAUUGCAAUUGAAGUACAACAAUCUAAAACAGUGCACUAACUGUAAGCCCAAUGCUACUGCCAGUGUCCAGCUAGGCAGAAAAGUGGUAUCUGCACGCACUGGGCGGCUUUCCCGCUAGGCGGAGAGGCCCCCCCUAAAGCCCCAGCAGCGGCAGCAACAACAGAAAAAGUUCCAGCAAAUUCUCGAAUCUUCCACCAGUUCCGUAUGGGCAGACACUUAUGCGAUAAUCACACACUACAAAUAUGUUAACGGUAGGGCUCAAGUAUAAAUUCAACCCCCUUUCUCCAAAAUCUGGACACUCACGUUGCUUUCUCACUCAUCAAUUGAACUGAAAGGAGAAUAAUCUAAACAAUAUGGACGAAUCACAAUUCACAGACCGUGCCUUGGCUGUUAUCACCAGAGCACAGCAGCUCGCAGAGGAGCACCAGCAUCCACAGUUGCUGCCAUUGCACAUACUGGCAGCCUUCUGUGAGAAGCCAGAGGAUGGUUCCACGAGCUAUCUUCAGACUUUGCUAGAGAGGGGCCGUUUUGACUACCAAUUGUUCGAGAGAACCGUUAAUAAGCAUCUCGUCAGAACCCCAUCGCAGAAUCCUGCCCCACAGCAGGUGAGCCCAAGUUAUGCCACAGGAGAGAUCUUGAAGAAGUGUGUCAAGAUCAAACAGCAGCAGAAGGAUAGCUUCGUUGCCCAAGAUCAUAUCCUGUUGGCACUGCUUGAGGACAGUUCCAUUCAAGCAGUGUUGAAAGAGGCCAGCGUCACAGUGGAUGGCCUCAAACAGCAGGUGCUUACGCUCAGAGGAAACCAGAGAAUCGACUCCAGAGGAGCUGAUACGAACCAGGAGUUGGAAUACUUGACCAAGUAUGCCAUUGAUAUGACAGAGCAGGCCAGACAGGGUAAAUUGGACCCUGUUAUUGGAAGAGAAGAAGAGAUCAGAUCCACAAUCAGGGUGUUGGCCAGAAGAAUCAAAUCCAACCCUUGCCUCAUAGGUGAGCCUGGUAUUGGUAAGACUGCCAUCAUCGAAGGUGUUGCCCAGAGAAUCUUGGAGAACGAUGUGCCAACUAUCCUUCAAGGCUGUCGUCUGUUCUCUUUGGACCUGGCCGCUUUGACAGCAGGUGCCAAAUACAAAGGUGAUUUUGAGGAAAGAUUGAAAGGUGUCUUGAAAGAGAUUGAACAGUCAAAGAUCCUGAUUAUCUUAUUCAUCGAUGAGAUUCACAUGCUUAUGGGCAACGGUAAGGAUGAUGCUGCAAACAUCUUGAAACCGGCCUUGUCAAGAGGUAACUUGAAAGUGAUCGGUGCCACUACAAACAACGAGUACAGAGCUAUCAUUGAAAAGGAUGGUGCCUUCGAAAGAAGAUUCCAGAAGAUCGAUGUUAAAGAGCCAACUGUCAGAGAAGCUGUGGCUAUUCUUAGAGGUUUGCAACCAAAAUAUGAGAUCCACCACGGUGUUAGAAUCUUGGACUCUGCUUUGGUUAGUGCAGCUCAAUUGGCUAAGCGUUACUUGCCAUAUAGAAGAUUACCAGAUUCUGCUAUUGACCUUGUGGAUAUCGCUUGUGCUGGUGUUGCAGUGGCUCGUGACUCUAAACCUGAAGAGUUGGAUUCCAAAGAGCGUCAAUUGCAGUUGAUCCAAGUUGAGAUCAAGGCUUUGGAGAGAGAUCAAGAGACUGAUGAGACAACGAAGGAGAGAUUGACUCAGGCUAGAAAGAAAGAAGCAGACUUGGAAGAGGAGUUGCAGCCAUUGAGAGCCAAGUACGAUGAAGAACGUCAAGGCCACGAGAAGCUUACCGCAGCCAAAAGAAGACUGGAUGAGUUAGAGACAAAAGCUGUUGAUGCUGAGCGUCGUCAUGAUACUGCUACAGCUGCUGACUUGAGAUACUUUGCUAUUCCAGACUUGCAGAAGAAGAUCGAACAGCUCGAAGAGGAAGUUGCUAGAGAGGAGACAAUGUCUGGUCAUGGAAUGAUGAUCCAGAACGUUGUCAACUCUGAUACGAUUGCUGAGACAGCUGCUAGACUUACUGGUAUCCCAGUCAGUAAGCUUACUGAAUCUGAAAACACUAAGUUGGUUCACAUGGAGAAGUCACUUUCAAAGGAUGUUGUUGGACAGAGUGAGGCCAUCAAGGCAGUUUCAAAUGCUGUAAGAUUGUCAAGAUCUGGUCUUGCAAACCCAAGACAGCCUGCUUCUUUCUUGUUCCUUGGUUUGUCAGGUUCCGGUAAGACCGAGUUGGCUAAGAAACUUGCUGGCUUCCUUUUCAAUGAUGAGAAUGCCAUGAUUAGAAUUGACUGUUCUGAGUUGAUGGAGAAGCAUUCCGUUUCAAAAUUAUUGGGUACUACUGCUGGUUACAUCGGUUACGAAGAAGGUGGUCUACUUACGAACCAAUUGGCCAGAAAGCCUUACUCUGUUAUCUUGUUUGAUGAAGUUGAGAAGGCUGCUCCGGAGGUUUUGACUGUGUUGUUGCAACUUUUAGAUGAUGGACGUAUCACUUCUGGUCAAGGUAAGACCAUUGAUGCCUCAAACUCCAUUGUUAUCAUGACAUCGAACUUGGGUUCUCAGUUCAUUAUUAGUCAGAACACUGCCAAAAUCUCUGAAGACACCAAGGCCCUUGUUAUGAACGCUGUGCGUGGUCACUUCAGACCGGAAUUUAUCAACAGAAUUUCCUCUAUUGUGGUGUUCAACAAGUUGUCUAGAAAAGCUAUUCACAAGAUUGUCUCUAUUCGUAUUAGGGAGAUCGAAGGCCGUUUCGCUGCAAAUGACAAGAAUUACAAGCUGGAUAUAUCUGAUGACGCUGUUGACUUCCUUGCUCAGAAUGGUUACACCGAGGAUCUUGGUGCUAGACCAUUGAACCACCUUAUUGAGCGUGAGAUUUUGAACAAGAUGGCAAUUCUUGUCUUGGCUGGUCAAAUCAAGGAUAAGGAGACCGUCAAGGUUAUCCGUAAGGGUGACCACUUGGAGGUUAUUCCUAACCACGAGGCCACUAUCCAAACCGAUGAGGAUAUGGAUGUCGAUGACUGGUCGGAGGAUGACUUGGAGAAUGAUGUCCCAGCUGAUGAAGUUGAAUGA